AUGGCCGACCUGGAAGCCGUGCUGGCUGAUGUCAGCUAUUUAAUGGCCAUGGAAAAGAGUCGAAGCCAGCCAGCUGCACGCGCAUCAAAACGCAUCGUUCUCCCUGAUCCAAGUGUACGCAGUAUUAUGCAGAAAUAUCUGGAGAAGACUGGCGAGAUCAAAUUCGAGAAGAUCUUCAACCAACGCUUAGGAUUCCUGCUCCUGAAAGAUUUUGCGGAAAACAUUUCGGAAAACGCGUGCCCACAGAUCAAAUUUUAUGAGGCGAUCAAAGAUUUUGAAAAAAUGGAGACGCCGGAGGAGCGGCUCGCGAAGGCACGAGAGAUUUACGAUCAUCAUAUAAUGGUUGAAAUGCUCGCACAUGCACAUAACUAUACCAAGGAGUCGUUGCAGCAUGUGCAGUAUCAUUUGCUUCGGGGCAGCGUCCCGCCCGACCUCUUUCAGCGCUAUGUUGUUGAAAUCUGCGAACAGCUCAAGGGAGAUAUCUUUCAACGGUUUUUGGAAAGUGACAAAUUUACACGAUAUUGUCAGUGGAAGAAUCUUGAGUUGAACAUGAAUCUAACAAUGAAUGAUUUUUCCGUCCAUCGCAUUAUUGGGCGUGGCGGAUUUGGUGAAGUCUACGGGUGCCGGAAGGCCGAUACUGGCAAAAUGUAUGCCAUGAAGUGUCUGGACAAAAAGCGUAUCAAGCUAAAACAGGGUGAAACACUCGCGCUUAAUGAACGUAUCAUGCUGUCACUAGUUUCCACUGGGCAAGAUUGCCCUUUUAUUGUUUGUAUGACAUACGCUUUUCAAACACCAGACAAACUAUGCUUCAUACUGGAUCUGAUGAACGGAGGAGAUCUACACUACCAUCUCUCUCAACAUGGCGUAUUUACCGAGCAGGAAAUGUUAUUUUAUGCGGCGGAGGUUAUCCUGGGCCUCGAGCAUAUGCACAAUCGCUUCGUUGUUUAUCGCGACCUUAAGCCCGCGAAUAUUUUGCUUGAUGAAAAUGGCCAUGUUCGGGUUUCUGAUCUAGGAUUGGCCUGUGAUUUUUCAAAGAAAAAACCUCAUGCGUCCGUCGGCACUCAUGGUUAUAUGGCACCUGAAGUCUUGGCGAAGGGUGUUGCUUAUGAUUCUUGUGCCGACUGGUUCUCAUUUGGUUGCAUGCUCUACAAAUUGCUCAAGGGUCAUUCGCCGUUUCGACAGCACAAGUCAAAGGAUAAAACCGAGAUCGAUAAGAUGACGUUGACGCAUGAUAUUGAAUUGCCGGAUUCGGGAUUCACAACAGAAUGCCGUGAUCUACUUGAGGGCCUCUUGAAAAGAGAUGUGCCUGAACGCCUUGGAUGUCGAGGCAAAGGUCCAACAGAAGUGAAGGAACAUCCAUUCUUUUCGGGAGUUGAUUGGCAAACUGUAUAUUUACGGAGGUUAACGCCCCCGUUAAUACCUCCUCGAGGUGAGGUUAAUGCUGCCGAUGCGUUUGAUAUCGGAAAUUUCGACGAUGAUGAAGUCAAAGGUGUAAAGUUGGCAGAAAGCGACAAUGAACUCUACAAGAACUUCAACAUUACGAUCUCGGAGCGCUGGCAAAAUGAAAUAGCUGAAACGAUAUUUGAAGUCGUCAACCAGGACGCUGAUAAGGCUGAGCAGAAGAAAAAAGCUAAGCACAAGGCAAAGAUGAGCGUUGACGAGAAAGACUCUGAUGUCAUUGUCCAUGGCUAUAUAAAAAAAUUGGGAGGCCCAUUUACAUCAGCUUGGCAAACCCGGUAUGGAAAACUAUACCCAAGCCGCUUGGAACUUUAUCCGGAAUCGUUGUCCGGAAAACCCGAGUUAGUAUUCAUGGACCAGAUUGAAGAUGUCAUAUCGGAUCUUCAAACAGUUAAAGGAGAAAAUGCUAUCAUCGUCAAGCUUAAAGAAGGCCUGAAAGAGAGCAAAGUCAUAUUGACCAACCAGGACGAGAUUUCACUCAAAGAAUGGCAUACAUCCCUUCGCACAGCUCACCGCGUUUCUUCUGAGUUGCUGCAGAGGAUGGGCCGAAAAGCCAUUAAGAUAUAUGGUGUCAAUCAUGACCCGAUGCUAUCGGAGGCCGAACGUCCAUCAUCAGUCACAAGAGCCUUUUUGAAUCGAGCAUCAUCGCUUGAUUCUGGUAUA